UCUGCGGACAGAGGGGAGUCGUUGACUCGAGUCUCUGGGCAGAUAGUAUUGUGCCGUUGGCUCAUGCCGUAGUGCUUUUAAUACUAGCAGGUCCUUGCUACCAAGGAAAUCACGGAGACCCGCCUGUCACGCGCAUGUACCCGAGGAUCGCGAGAAUCCGGAAAUUUCUCCGGUGACGUGUUGUGAUUGAGAAAGUGUCGUAAAUGUGCGUAAUUCGGUGAUUCGAUCGCAGCGUGCAUUGAAUAUUGGAAUACAUCGAAAAGCUCGUUUUCGUGGAUCGUGAGACUCCCAGUGAUAUCACGGAUCAGAGACUAUGAUGGACUUUUGCAAAAAGAUUGUUAUUGUUGAAGAUUGUCAAACUUUGAUUAACAAGUUUGACAAGUGAAAGAUUUGUUACAUUCGUACAUGGUAAAAUCGACAUUUGGGGUCGUUGAUUAUGGAUAUAUAAUCGAGACAUUACAUCCUGAAUUGUGAUAUUGGUUGAACUUAGAUAGAAAGGCUAUUUAAAAGCUGCGAAAACAUUAUUAAAUUGGCCGACGGCUGGUGAAAUUUUAUCUAUUCGACAAACAGCUUAGUAUAUAAAAAAUUAUAAAAUAUGUAAAAUAUUGUUACUGACAUUUUGGACCGCAAGAUUGAUGUAUAAAUCUCAAAAACGUCACAAAACAUCAAGGAUAUAUAUAAGAUACUGACGUUGGGAAGACAAUAACAACAAUCUUGGAUUGUGUUCAGAAUCAUCGUUGUUUAAAAUCAUCGCUCGAGAAGAUCGGCGUUUGAGAUGGAUAUGUGUAAUGAUCUAAAAGACUCAGAAUGAGAGAUGUAAAGACCCGUUUGAAACAACGAGAUCGAUGUUUUCACAAGCAUCUUAAUGAUCAUCACAAACGAGUGGCACAUAUAGGGAAUGAUGAUUUAUAGACUUGCUCAGUGUUCCAAAAACCCUGAAAAAAUGUUCCAAAAAACCUGAAAUGGAAGACGUCAACUAUAGUACGUUGACUGGAAAUAUCUAACGGCGUCAGACAUCCUGUAUCUCUCGCAUCUCGCAUCUCGCUUGACAGACACAUGAUUUCAAUGUGCCAGUGAUCAAGUGAUUCCUUUUUCUCUUGGUAAUUUCGCGUUUCGCUGAUCUCGAGGAUUGAUGCGAGCGGAUUGAUCACUCUCCGUGGGAGAGACCAACACCGGCGAGUUGGUACCAAAGAUGGUCCUGGAGCCUGGAGGCGGUCUGUCCUUUCCGUUGCCACCCGGCAGCGGCUCCAGCGCCUCCGGAGGAUCCUUGUUGGCCCCGACCAGAUUGUUUCAAAGGACGACGCCUGUGUUUCCGUUUCACUUGGCAGGAUGGCCGCCGCAUCAUCCAGUUUUGGGUCAGGUGCAGAGCCAGGUCCAGCAAAGUAUGCAGGCCCAGCACCAGGCCGCUGCCGCGGCUGUCAGAUUCCUCAGUCAUCAUCAUCCGCAUCACCCACAUCCGACAUUGAGCAAUCAUUCUUUGGUACCAGCGAUUACUGGUCAUCAUCCCACCGUACAUCAUCUGCAUCAUGCUGCUGAUCACGGAGAGGAGGAGGAUGAAAAGAAAGGUUGCGACGGGGAGUCAGAUGAGGGCGGCAACAAGAGACGAAGAAGCAGAACUAACUUCAACAGUUGGCAGUUGGAAGAAUUGGAACGGGCCUUCUUGUCGAGUCAUUAUCCCGAUGUCUUUAUGCGAGAAGCUCUGGCUGUGAGACUCGAACUAAAAGAGAGCCGCGUGGCAGUGUGGUUUCAAAAUCGGAGAGCAAAAUGGCGAAAGAAGGAACACACGAAAAAGGGCCCCGGAAGGCCGGCACAUAACGCUCACCCUCAAAGCUGCAGCGGCGAACCUAUCCCACCUGAAGAGUUGAGACGGAAAGAACGCGAAAGGCGACAGAAGAAGUUGCUGAAAGCUCUCGAGAGACAGCAGCGGAAGCUCGCUGCUAAAGGCAUAACAGUGGACCUAUCGACAUUGCGUGCCGAGUGGGAGUCUCGUAGUGAGGCAGCAUCGGGUCGCAGUUCCUCCAGUGGUCCCCUGAACUCGUUUGGUCAACUGGGUCUAAGUAACGAGAGCAAUAACAUAUCCGCGUCCGGUAACGACGCCAACGAGGAAAUCGACGUAGUCGGCGGAUUGGAUUCUUGCAGCGAAAGCGGUAGCGAGCGAGUGGAUUCAGCAGCCGACGGUUCCGUGGAUGGCGAAUGUUUUCCAGCGCUUAACAGUAACGCGAGCGAAACCGGCGAGCUCCGGAACAAUCCGCAGAAUCCAUCGAUGGAGCACUUGAAUCACCAACCAGGCAUCCAUCAUUGGGGCUUGAGUCUGCUGGAGCGACGGCGCGAGCUGGUGGGAGUCGGGGCGGGUCGCCAACCGGUCGGUAACGGCGCCAGGAAUCUGAUCAGACAGGCCGCCAGCGAGGAGGAAGUCCAAAGCGGCAGCAUCGAUCUGUCGGUGAAGGGCAGGGAGGAGAGGAAGAGGUUGAAUCCAUUCUCCAUCGACAGCCUAUUGGGGAACAAUCGGACUAGCGCGGCAUCAGAUCGCAGGCCGGCGACGCCGACGUCGCCAACAUCUCCUGUUUCGUCGGCUUGCACGUCGCCCUCUACAACGUAGUAAAUAGGCGUGGAGAGACUCUGAAAUGUGCUAGCUUAAAAGUUAAUGCAGUCGAAGGUAGCGAAGAGAGCGAUUACAGAGGUAAUACUUCAUCGAGAUUACUAGUGACAGUAAAGUGACCAUCGGAUGAGCGAAAAUUGAAGCGCGAAAAGUGGAACUGAUUUUUCUGGUCGUGAAAUCGCGCGGAAGGACUAGCUACGGUAACUGUCCUCUGUAGCCCCGUUUCUACGGAUUUUCCUAUCGCUUUGACUGAAAUCGCUAAACUUAUGGAUAUCCUCGCGUACUUAUAAACAUUCUUACAUCCUUCGAUGAAUGCGCGUCUAGAUUCUUGAUAUCCUGAGGUCUUUGAGAGUCUGAACGACACGAAUUCAAAGCCAGAAGUAACCGAAGGAAGGAAGAAAGAAAAGAAAUAAAUAGAUCGAAUUUUAAAAUUCACAGGUAUAUUACCGCGAUUAGUUACGUAAUUCUGAGACUCUUUGGAUCCGAAGGAAUUCGAGGAUCUAAGUUUCGCGUCAUCGGCACGAACCGACAAGACUUGAUAUCAGUUCGACAUAUCGAAUGCAUGCGUGACCGCCAUAGAGUGCGUUUGAUUUCGUCCAUUGUGUCUCCUUUCAAGGAAGAAAAUGGCAAAAUGUGCAAUAAAUGCGGAUAUCGCUUGCCAAUUAGGCAGGUCCGUUUUUGAGGUAAGACAGAAAAA